UGAGGAUAAUACCCCACAUUUGUGUGGCACCCAGAGGUGUACUUUGAGAUUCCCUGUGACCCUGCUGAUCUGGAGACCUCGGGGUGUGUGUGUGUGUGUGUGUGUGUGUGUGUGUGUGUGUGUGUGUGUGUACUUGUAUGUGUGAGUGUGGGCAUAUGGACCAUAUGCCCUGGGCUGCCACACAAAGCACCAAAGACCUCCCAGCCUGGUCAGGUGUAUACUGGGCUCCUGUAUACACUGAGAGUGCCUGUGUGUCGUGUGUCCACCUGCUCCCGGAGGCAUACGGCCACAGUGGUUCUCGAUUAGUUGAGUGUGACACACAAGUGACACAUAUUAUGUGCCAGACACUUUCCUGGGCACAGUGCUCUAAAGAUGGACAGGGGACAAGGCUCUCCUCUCGGGUGACUGACAGUCUUCCACUGGAGACAGUCCCGCAGGCAGAAGCUGUGGAUGGCCAAGGGCUGAAAUCCAUGUUCAGAAGACUGGUACAUCUUGGGUGCCUCCAGGUGGGUGAGGUGUGAACAAUGCCCUGCAUCAUGAGGACACCUUCCCUAGGGAGAAAUGAAUUUGGCCAUUGGGGGAGACACUGUGGACGGUGGGGGGGAUCUAGAGAUGCCCACUGUCUGCACUCUACAGUACAGAACUAAGAGUAGCGAGAUUGGGGGGUGGCCCAAUGGGGCUUGACAACUGGACACACUUGCCAACACGAAGCAGAGACUAUGAGGCUGGGGUCACACUGGGUGGCGUGCUUCUCCUCUUGACCCCCCACCCCUGCUCUUGAGACUGCUGGACAUCCCUGCCACACACGCCCUGGCAGGCCCAGGACACUCUUCAUCUUGACUUUGGGCGGCCGGAAGCAGGAAAGGUGGUAAGAGCCCAGGUGGAGGAGGGCUGGGGACUUCUUCUAUGAGGGAAGGGGUUGUGAAGUGAGGCACAUCCUGAGCCUUUAGUCAUCUGCACAGUCCUCCUUCUCAGCCCACGGGGCAGCGGGCUGGACUGCUCUCUCAGGAAGCAUCAGAGAGCCUGAGCUGAAGGACCUGGAAGAGAGCCAUUUCACAGAGGACACAGAUGCAGACCGCAGGGCUCCACCACCAGCUAGUGGGGAAAGCCUUGCCCUGGGCCUUCCGCAGGCAGCGAGGGGGGGGGGGGCAGGCUGGCAGAAUCUGUAGCCAGGUGCCCGUGCCCUGGCCCUGCGGCAGCUCCGAGAGGAAAGAAUGGGCUGUGAUGACCAGGCUAACCCCAACACCUAGAAGGGAGCUCCUGGGAGUCCCUGUCCCCCAGAAGUCAGGAAUUCUUCAUGGGGAGGAGGAGAUGGAGAGGUGACCUCGUUCCUGUCCUAUCCUCUCCGAUGAGGUCUUCAUCUCCUCAGCUGUUGUUCUGCUGAGACCCGCCAAGGCUGAUUGUGCCAAGUCUCUGCUUUCCCAGUGUAAGACAGAGGCUGAGCCAUUAACCCACGUGGUGGGAGUGUGGCUGAUGGGACCAGGGUCAUGACCCCAUGCAAAGCACCGAGAUGCAGCACCUGGGCACCCCAGCCUGGGGCAGAGCUAAAAGUCAUAAAGCUUCCCUUACUUUGAGAAAAACAGUCCUGGUUCAGAGACUGUGCAGCUCCAGAGGGGCUUAGGGGUCCCCACCCAGGCAGCUGUGGGAGAAGCGCAGGGAGAGAGUGGCCCUGAUCCCUGGGCACCAGAGGAAGAUGCCUUUGGCUCCCCACCCAGGCACAUGCCACACUCUCUCAGGGCUCCUCCUGACACAGACGGAUCACGAGUGCAGGCCAGCAGGCAGGUAUCUCGAAGCCUCCAGUUGAUUCUCCUGGAGCUGGGCUGUGGCUCCUGUCCUCUGAACUCUGCCUCUGUCUGAAACACCCACCAUGGGGACACCCGGCAGGAAAAAGCCAUGCUUGCUGCUGCUGCUGGUGCUGGCCACAGUGGCCCUGGUCCCCUCUCCAGGAUGGAGUUUUGUCCAGGGAACCCCAGCCACCUUUGGACCUGUCUUUGAAGAGCAGCCUGUGGGCCUGCUAUUCCCAGAGGAGUCCACGGAGGAUCAGGUGACACUGGCCUGCCGUGCCCGAGCUAGCCCUCCAGCCACCUACAGGUGGAAGAUGAACGGCACGGACAUGAACCUGGAACCCAGUUCCCGUCACCAACUGAUGGGGGGCAACCUGGUCAUCGCGAGCCCCACCAAGGCACAGGAUGCUGGCGUCUACCAGUGCCUAGCCUCAAACCCAGUGGGCACUGUCGUCAGCAAAGAGGCUGUCCUCCGCUUCGGCUUCCUGCAGGAAUUCUCCAAGGAAGAGAGAGACCCUGUGAAAACCCACGAGGGCUGGGGGGUGAUGCUGCCCUGUAACCCACCUGCCCACUACCCAGGUUUGUCCUACCGCUGGCUCCUUAAUGAGUUCCCCAACUUCAUCCCAACGGACGGGCGUCACUUCGUGUCCCAGACCACAGGAAACCUAUACAUCGCCCGGACCAAUGCCUCCGACCUGGGCAACUACUCUUGUCUGGCCACCAGCCACAUGGACUUCUCCACCAAGAGUGUCUUUAGCAAGUUCGCGCAGCUCAACCUGGCUGCUGAAGAUCCCCGGCUCUUUGCUCCCAGCAUCAAAGCCAGGUUCCCCCCAGAGACCUAUGCAUUGGUCGGGCAGCAGGUCACCCUGGAGUGCUUUGCCUUUGGGAACCCCGUUCCCAGGAUCAAGUGGCGCAAAGUGGAUGGCUCUUUGUCCCCUCAGUGGGCCACCGCGGAACCCACCCUGCAGAUCCCCAGCGUGAGCUUUGAAGAUGAGGGCACCUAUGAAUGUGAGGCAGAGAAUUCCAAGGGCCGGGACACCGUCCAGGGACGCAUCAUUGUGCAGGCCCAGCCUGAGUGGCUCAAGGUGAUCUCAGACACAGAAGCCGACAUUGGCUCUAACUUGCGUUGGGCCUGUGCAGCGGCGGGCAAGCCUCGGCCCAUGGUGCGCUGGCUGAGAAACGGGGAGCCUCUGGCCUCCCAGAACCGGGUGGAGGUCUUGGCUGGGGACCUGCGAUUCUCUAAGCUGAGCCUGGAGGACUCUGGCAUGUACCAGUGUGUGGCAGAAAAUAAGCAUGGCACCAUCUAUGCCAGUGCUGAGCUGGCUGUGCAAGCCCUGGCCCCCGACUUCAGGCAGAACCCCGUGAGGCGGCUGAUCCCCGCAGCCCGCGGGGGAGAGAUCAGCAUCCCUUGCCAGCCUCGUGCAGCCCCGAAGGCUACAAUACUUUGGAGCAAGGGCACUGAGAUUUUGGGGAACAGUACCAGAGUGACUGUCACUUCAGAUGGCACCUUGAUUAUCAGGAACAUCAGUCGAUCGGAUGAAGGCAAAUACACCUGCUUUGCUGAGAAUUUCAUGGGCAAAGCUAACAGUACCGGGAUCCUGUCCGUGCGCGAUGCAACCAAGAUCACUCUAGCUCCUUCGAGUGCUGACAUCAACGUGGGUGAUAACCUCACCCUGCAAUGCCAUGCCUCCCACGACCCCACCAUGGACCUCACAUUCACCUGGACCCUGGAUGACUUUCCCAUUGACUUCGAUAAGCCUGGAGGUCACUACCGGAGGGCCAGUGUGAAGGAAACUAUUGGGGACCUGACUAUCCUGAACGCCCAGCUCUGUCAUGGAGGGAAGUACUCGUGCAUGGCCCAGACAGUGGUGGACGGUGCAUCCAAGGAGGCCACAGUCCUGGUCCGAGGUCCCCCAGGUCCCCCAGGGGGUGUGGUGGUGAGAGACAUUGGAGACACCACCGUCCAGGUUAGCUGGAGUCGUGGCUUUGACAACCACAGCCCCAUUGCCAAGUACACGCUGCAAGCUCGCACUCCGCCUGCCGGGAAGUGGAAGCAGGUUCGGACCAAUCCUGUGAACAUCGAGGGCAAUGCCGAGACUGCCCAGGUUCUGGGCCUCAUGCCUUGGAUGGACUAUGAGUUUCGAGUUUCAGCCAGCAACAUCUUGGGCACUGGGGAGCCCAGCGGACCAUCCAGCCGAAUCCGGACCAAGGAAGCAGUCCCCUCGGUGGCACCAUCAGGACUCAGCGGAGGGGGUGGAGCCCCUGGCGAGCUCACCAUCAACUGGACUCCCAUGUCACGGGAGUACCAGAAUGGAGAUGGCUUCGGCUACCUGCUGUCCUUCCGCAGGCAAGGCAGCUCCAGUUGGCAGACUGCCCGAGUGCCUGGGGCUGAUGCCCAGUACUUCGUCUACAGCAACGACAGCAUCCAUCCCUACACGCCCUUUGAGGUCAAGAUCCGAAGCUACAAUCGCCGGGGGGAUGGGCCGGAGAGCCUCACUGCACUAGUGUACUCAGCAGAGGAAGAGCCCAGGGUGGCCCCUGCCAAGGUCUGGGCCAAGGGGUCCUCAUCCUCAGAGAUGAAUGUGAGCUGGGAGCCCGUGCAACAAGACACAAAUGGCAUUCUCCUGGGGUAUGAGAUUCGCUACUGGAAAGCCGGAGACAAAGAAGCAGCCGCUGACCGAGUGAGGACCGCGGGGCUAGACACCAGUGCCCGAGUCACUGGCUUGAACCCCAACACCAAGUACCACGUGACUGUGAGGGCUUACAACCGGGCCGGUACUGGACCAGCUAGCCCGUCAGCCGAUGCCAUGACCAUGAAGCCCCCACCACGGCGACCUCCUGGCAACAUCUCCUGGACUUUCUCAAGCUCCAGCCUCAACCUUAAGUGGGACCCUGUGGUGCCUCUCCGAAACGAAUCCACAGUCACCGGCUACAAGAUGCUGUAUCAGAAUGACUUACACCCAACUCCUACACUCCACCUCACCAGCAAGAACUGGAUAGAAAUCCCAGUGCCUGAAGACACUGGCUACGCCCUGGUACAGAUUCGAACCACAGGGCCAGGAGGGGAUGGGAUCCCUGCAGAAGUCCACAUCGUGAGAAAUGGAGGCACAAGCAUGAUGGUGGAGAACGCAGCAGUCCGGCCCACCCAUCCUGGCCCCAUGUUCUCCUGUGUGGUGAUUCUGAUGCUCAUCGGCUGCCAGAAGCUCUGAUCUUACCACUGCCGGCCACACCCAAGCUGGAUAUCUACCCUAACGGACACAGCCGCUGGCCACAGCCCCCCUCCAGCGCCAAGGUGGCCCGACACUGUGCCUGAGGGUGGUUGGCUUAGGCACCUACUCCCAACAGUACCCUUUAUGUAGGAGGUAGGAUAUUUCUAUUCUGCCACAGGAUGGAAACCACGCAAGGAAUUUCUCUUUGAACCCGGAGGCACUGGGCAGUGAAUUCCAUGAUAACGCUAGGCCCAAAGCCUAGACCCCUCGGGGUCCUGGACGGAAGGAACAGGUCUUUGGGCAGAAGGCGUUUAAUGCACACCUUCAGAUCAGAGCCCCAGGCCCAGCAGGAACCCAGGCGGCAGCGGGCCGAAAGCAUGGGCUGUCAGUUUCUCUCUACGAGACAGAGGGGCCUCUUCCCAUCCAGCUCAGCUGCUCCUAGCCUGGUCUCCCAUGGCUCCUAGCCUGGUCUCCCAUGGCUCCUAGCCUGGUCUCCCAUGGCUCCCAGCCUGGUCUCCCAUGGCUCCCUGGCAGUCCUUCCUGCUUGGUAGCCAAGAACCUCUGGGGAGCGGGGCUCAAGGGCCUGAGAGGCCACAGCACCUGAUGGAAAGGGCACCGGCCCGGGCCCAAGGCCUGUUCACCAGGCAGGUGGCACUGCCCUCUCAGCCAACACUGCCAACCCAACCCUGUCGCCCUCCAGACUGAGUGACAGAGCGACAGAGCCACUCCACGCUAGGUGAUUAAAGGGCUUGCCUUGAGGAGCUGCCUUGCCCCGUCGUCGAGACGCCUCCUUCGUGGCCCCUCCAGGGUAUGGGCGGGAGAUGCCCAGCUGAACGCCACUCUCUUCCCUUCAGCUCACUAUAGACCAGUUGCUGCCUCCACCUCCCACAACUGCAGGCCCUGGAAACCAACCUUCAACACAGCGUCCAUUCCCUCCCUGCCCUGGGAUGGAAAGGCCUCUGAGAAGGGCCAGCAUCAAUGUGGCCCUGCCUGCUUCCAGGAAUACCCGCCAUUAUCUGGCCACAUCUGCUCCCCAAACUGCCUCGACGACUCUCUUGAUUCCCCGGAAGAAAAGGGGGUUAAUAAAGGGGGGCAGCCCACCUUGAGUUCGGGGUACAUUACCAGUGACAGACCAGACUAUCAGAACUGAAGAGGCCUUAUAUAGCUUGACUGACCCAUACCCUGCACUUAACAGACGAGGAAAUGGAGGUCCAGAGAGGGUUAGGGACUUCCUAGGGUCACAUGGCCUGCAAGUGACAAGGCUUGGCCAAGCAUCCGAGUCUUCCACCUGCCUGUGGGAAGCUCUACGGAGGAAGGAGGUAUGGUACUGAGCUGUCACAGCCUGGUCAUUAAGGUGGCUGAGGCCUCUGGAGGAUGAGCCUUCUGCUUCAAGAGGUUCCGGCUGAUGAGAAGAUCGGCAUGGAUGUACCCAAUCCAGGCAGAUUCCAGGAGCCAUCGGCCACAAGGCAGGUUUCUGCUGGGAACUCGGCAAGUGGCACUGGCUGGAAGCCGCUCAGGCCCUCAUCUUUGCUCCAAGAAAAGAGGCCAAAGCAGGGACAGAGUUCCGAGACCAGGACCCUGAGGCAGCAGGACCAGGAAACCCCAGUGUCCACGCCCUAGGCCUCCAGGAUCAGCAGGGCAGGCGCCUCGAGAAGUACCUGCCCUGCUGCUCCAUGGCCCAUCUCUGUAGUUUACAGUUAGAGCUCUAUUUUGUUAUGGUUUUUUAAACUUUAAGCCCUGCUCUGUUUUCCUGGGCAGGUUUCUGUUAGUAUUUACCCACUACACUUUUUUAAAGAUGUACCCUCGCACACCUCCCCCCUACCUCCCCCAAACCUCCCCCUGGCUAGGGACUGCUUUCCUGGAGCUGAUCAAAUCCCCUUCUCCUGUUCUCAGCACCUCACAUACAAGGGUGCUAGAGGAUCAGCCAUGUGAUCAUUCUCCCUCACCGGGACCCCAAAGUUAGUCUAGCACCCCUCUCCACCCCAUGCUGGCUGGGGCCUAGCCCUGGAAAGCCCCAGCUAGCCCUAGAAAGGGGCAACUGAAAGAAACCUUCCAAGGUUUACCAAUUUCUCACUGCCUUGGGCUGCAGGAGGGGUGCUGGAGAAAUGGGUAUCUAGGGUGAGCUGGUUUGGCACUGGACCUAGCUGGGGAGGUGGGAGGCGGCAACCCCUAAGCAUUUCUUCUAAUAAGGUCCAUGAAAAGCAGGCAAGCUGCUGGAGACCCCAGAAGAGGAAAACCUUAGCCCUGUGCAGGUAGAAUUUGUUUGGGAGGAUGUGGAGCUGUACCAGCAGCCCGAGGCUUCGAGUGGAGUGUUAGCUAUGGUGUAGUAAGGCCACAGGUGACUCACCAGCACGGGAGCAAAUGAACGGGACAGACUCCCGCUGGGGAAACUUGGCUUGGAAAAGAGGCCUAGAUUAAAUGGCUUCUCAGAGACCCUUCCUGGCCAAGCGUCCUCCUGACUUUUACAGGCUGGGGAAGCUGAUGGGCCGGCUCCUGCUAGGGUCAUGGCUGUUAGAGAUUCCAUCCAUUCACUCUAAACCACACGAGGUAAAAGGGACAGCCAUAAACAAGUUCUCUGGCUGGGCUUAGCGGGCAAGAGUGCCCUAAGGGCUAGGGACAGAGCUGCCUGCGGAUAACUCUUGAGGGCCUGGGAGGUGCUCUCUGUUCUGCCCAUACAAGGACUCAGGCCACCACUGAGCUAUCUGUUCCUUGCCAUCUGAUGGUACAGAGGAGAGUGGUUUAAUGUCCAGAGUAGCAGGUGACCCCAACAGUAGGGGAGCAGUGAGGCUACAGGGCAGGGAUGAGAGUCUUAACAAAAAACAGAAGAGGAUGAAGUCAAGGUCAGAAAAGCCUCACGCAAUGAGGGAGGGGCUUCUUCUGAGUAAGCUUUGAGGAAUUUGAGUGUUCUUUCAGGAUCUUGGAUGGGUGAAGUCCUGACUCGAGGGGCAGGGGGUGCCGAGUCCUGGAGCUGAGAUCUCAAGAAUCAAAAUGCCUAACACAGGAAAGAAAGCCUUAGAGGUGCCACCUGCUCUGGUCCCUACAGCUUAGAAAAGCCAUCGAAGGGAAUGGUCCACCACAGAGCAGUCCUUACAAACCAGUGCCUUCCCCGUGGGCACUGCCUCUCUGCAGUCCCCAAAGCCAUCCUCGCCUGUGCUCUGGCCAAGAGCUCAGUGUGGCUGGUGAGGCUCCUCUCCCCCAUGCCUUUCCCAGCAACAGAGGCUCCUUUUCUUUUCCUAGUGUCCAAGAGCCAAUAGGGCUCCUGUAUGCCAGAGGAACAGCAGUCCUGGUACCUGCUACUAGUUCAAGUGUGGUGUUCUGUCUUGCUGAGACCAAACCUAGCGAGGGGACCUCCAGGUGGAAUUAGGGGACCCUAAAGGACUUGAAGCAGCUCACUGGGAACAGUGCUGGCAGCUGGGGGUGGGGUGGUACCUCUUGACCCUGUACAUUCAUAUGGUCACAGGCUUCGGGAAAGCAGGGCAUUAAAGAAAGCCUGGAGAGGAACGGGAUGGGUCGAGACAGCUCUGUCCAGAGCCCCGGGCAGCUUCAGAGGCCUACAGCCUGUAAUUUCUUUAGAGGAGACUCAACCUGCCUCGGCACCGGAUACCUCCAACUUAGCCCCCAUUCCAGAACCUGCACAGCUCUGAACUUGGGGCUUCUUUGGAUGACUGAUGACAGUUCCUGUUCAAAUGCAGCCCCUCCACCCCAGCCCACUGUCCUCACUCUUGUACUAUUUAUUGACUCUGGUAGCAAGCAGUUCUUAAAUAAAGAUGUUUUCUCAACCUGCCCAA